AUGACUGUACUUCAGAGUGUCACCGACUGUGGCGUUAUAAGACGAAUUAUCAACAUCUUUCGAUGGAAAACAUUUCGUAUGAUUUCUAUGUUUAUCCUAACUCUUGGAAUCGGACUGUCAAAGGUCGUUUUCGGUAUCAAAUCCAAUUCUCAAUUGGCCGUUGCAGAUGGUUUAUACAAUCUUGCCGAAGCUAUCUCUCUCAUAGGUGCACUCUUUGCACUUCGUUAUGCACUGAGAGAACGACAGAUACAUAAACGAAAUACAUUUGGGUGGGCUCGACUUGAAUUGUUAGCGGGACUUCUGCAAGAAGUUUUGUUACUGUCAUUGUCCAUUGGAAUUGUUGUCGAUGCAAUUAAUCGCCUGAUCAAUGCACAAGAGGUCGAAGGACCACAAGCAAUGAUAAUUUUGGGUGCAGUGGGCGCUGGCAUUGGUCUCUUGGGAUUGCUUAUGUUUAGAACUUAUAAACAUGACCAUGAUUUAGGCGCCGAGAUUGAGGAGAAGAAGAAAUCGGAUUUUGUAAACACAACAAAAGAUACAAUGAACGUUCUGAGAAGAGAGUCAGACGUUUCGCAGAUGAAUAUGAAUAACAACAACAACAAUAGCCCCAUCAGUCAGAAAAGACAGCCAAUGUCACAAGCUCCUCAAAUUUUUAUUACAGAAGCUGAAUCUCCAGCAAGAAAAACUUCAAAUCCACUUUCGAAACUCCAUUCCGAAUGGUCUAAGUCACUUCAUCACAUAUCUCAUCUCAUCCGUCACCACGAUGAACAACCUGAAGAUAAUGAUAAUGAUGUAAAAGUAAUAAGACAUCAAUUGGACGUGUCAAAUGGUUAUAUUGCGGCAGGACGACGUGAUUCGAAUAUUUCGAAUAUUUCUGCCUACAGUUACGUUUCUGAUACAUUAGACGCUGAUUUUGAAAAUUCAAGACUUUAUGCAACAUUACAUGCACUCAUGAUCCAUUCAGUAGUAAGUGUUUAA